UCUACGCAUAUAUCCGCGCCCGCUUAUAGACGCACAGCGGAUCACUCCUCGUUUCAUUUUUCAUUCUUCGCCGGCUGCCCCCCUUCCCCACUCUAACCUCCUCCUCCCGUAUAUGCUUUCCUUCCCUGCCCUUCCCUUUCCUUCGCCGCAAAGUUUCCUAUUGAGAGAGAGAAUCAGGGGAAGAUGAAGCUGGUGUGGUGUCCGGAGAUGGCGUCCAAGGCUUACAUCGACGGCGUCAGGGCGCUCUCCGGCCGCGACGACCUGGCCGGGUCGGCGGAGGUCGCCGAGCUCGUCGCCGCCAUGGCCGGCGGCUGGAACGCGCAGCUCGUCGUCGAGGCGCCGGACGUGUCGGCGCAGUCGUCCUCCUCGUCUUCCCUGCCGCCCGCCACGAGCCUCGCGCUCGCCGCAGCCGCGCGGCGCACGGGCGGGCGCUACGCCUGCGUGCUCCCGGAGGGCGACUCCGCGGCCGCGGCAGCGGUCUACGCCGGCUUCGUCGGGCCGCAGGAGGAUGCGGCGGGAGCGGAGUCGCCGUCACCGUCGCCGACGGUCGUCGUGGCCAGCGACGCGGACGAGGCGAUGGCGCGGCUAGAGGGCGUGGACCUGCUGGUGAUCGACGCGCGGCGGCGGGACGCGGCGGCCGUGCUGCGGGCGGCCAGACCCGGAGCCAGGGGCAUGGUGGUGCUGCGCCACGGCGACGGUAGGCGGCGCGGCGCCACGGCGCUGGCCGCGGCGUCCAUGGCGGCUGGGACCAGGCUGGUGCGCUCCGUCUACCUGCCCAUCGGCAAGGGCGUCGAGGUCCUGCACGUCGGCGUCGGGAAGGGGCCUAGUCUGCAUAGCCGGGGCGGCCGCAGGGGGACCGGCCGUUGGAUUCGGCACGUCAACCACGACACGGGCGAGGAGCAUGUCUUCCGGCGGCAGUAGUUGAUCCGUCCUUCGAUCUGCAUGCGGCACCGUCUAGGUGCAUGAAAGUCAACAAAAAGUUCGCAAUGCAACAGGCAUGGGUGUUUUUGUUAGAUUCGUUGAAUCUGCCCGCGAUAGUGAUUCGCAUAACAUGGGUGGAAAGUGUGACGAGUCACGAUGUGAAUAGCUAGUGCCUUCUUGAUUUGCUCCUUAAUUUGUGAAUGCUUUAAACCCGUACUGCUGUUCAACAAUUUCUUUUCUGCUGCAAAUAGAUCCUCACGUUGCU